AUCCCUAGGGUGCGUGUGGGGAGCCCCCAAGUCUCUGGGGUACAUGGGAAGCCCCCAAAUCCCUAGGGUGCGUGUGGGGAGCCCCCAAGUCUCUGGGGUACAUGGGAAGCCCCCAAAUCCCUAGGGUGCGUGUGGGGAGCCCCCAAGUCUCUGGGGUACAUGGGAAGCCCCCAAAUCCCUAGGGUGCGUGUGGGGAGCCCCCAAGUCUCUGGGGUACAUGGGAAGCCCCCAAAUCCCUAGGGUGCGUGUGGGGAGCCCCCAAGUCUCUGGGGUACAUGGGAAGCCCCCAAAUCCCUAGGGUGCGUGUGGGGAGCCCCCAAGUCUCUGGGGUACAUGGGAAGCCCCCAAAUCCCUAGGGUGCGUGUGGGGAGCCCCCAAGUCUCUGGGGUACAUGGGAAGCCCCCAAAUCCCUAGGGUGCGUGUGGGGAGCCCCCAAGUCUCUGGGGUACAUGGGAAGCCCCCAAAUCCCUAGGGUGCGUGUGGGGAGCCCCCAAGUCUCUGGGGUACAUGGGAAGCCCCCAAAUCCCUAGGGUGCGUGUGGGGAGCCCCCAAGUCUCUGGGGUACAUGGGAAGCCCCCAAAUCCCUAGGGUGCGUGUGGGGAGCCCCCAAGUCUCUGGGGUACAUGGGAAGCCCCCAAAUCCCUAGGGUGCGUGUGGGGAGCCCCCAAGUCUCUGGGGUACAUGGGAAGCCCCCAAAUCCCUAGGGUGCGUGUGGGGAGCCCCCAAGUCUCUGGGGUACAUGGGAAGCCCCCAAAUCCCUAGGGUGCGUGUGGGGAGCCCCCAAGUCUCUGGGGUACAUGGGAAGCCCCCAAAUCCCUAGGGUGCGUGUGGGGAGCCCCCAAGUCUCUGGGGUACAUGGGAAGCCCCCAAAUCCCUAGGGUGCGUGUGGGGAGCCCCCAAGUCUCUGGGGUACAUGGGAAGCCCCCAAAUCCCUAGGGUGCGUGUGGGGAGCCCCCAAGUCUCUGGGGUACAUGGGAAGCCCCCAAAUCCCUAGGGUGCGUGUGGGGAGCCCCCAAGUCUCUGGGGUACAUGGGAAGCCCCCAAAUCCCUAGGGUGCGUGUGGGGAGCCCCCAAGUCUCUGGGGUACAUGGGAAGCCCCCAAAUCCCUAGGGUGCGUGUGGGGAGCCCCCAAGUCUCUGGGGUACAUGGGAAGCCCCCAAAUCCCUAGGGUGCGUGUGGGGAGCCCCCAAGUCUCUGGGGUACAUGGGAAGCCCCCAAAUCCCUAGGGUGCGUGUGGGGAGCCCCCAAGUCUCUGGGGUACAUGGGAAGCCCCCAAAUCCCUAGGGUGCGUGUGGGGAGCCCCCAAGUCUCUGGGGUACAUGGGAAGCCCCCAAAUCCCUAGGGUGCGUGUGGGGAGCCCCCAAGUCUCUGGGGUACAUGGGAAGCCCCCAAAUCCCUAGGGUGCGUGUGGGGAGCCCCCAAGUCUCUGGGGUACAUGGGAAGCCCCCAAAUCCCUAGGGUGCGUGUGGGGAGCCCCCAAGUCUCUGGGGUACAUGGGAAGCCCCCAAAUCCCUAGGGUGCGUGUGGGGAGCCCCCAAGUCUCUGGGGUACAUGGGAAGCCCCCAAAUCCCUAGGGUGCGUGUGGGGAGCCCCCAAGUCUCUGGGGUACAUGGGAAGCCCCCAAAUCCCUAGGGUGCGUGUGGGGAGCCCCCAAGUCUCUGGGGUACAUGGGAAGCCCCCAAGUCUCUGUGGUGCGUGUGGGGAGCCCCCAAGUCUCUGGGGUACAUGGGGAGCUGUGAGGAAUCCCCAAAAUCUCGGAGGUUCCACUUUCAAAAUGCCAUUACUUGAAAAACAGGAAAAUGGUGAGCAGGUGCUGAUGAAAAAUGAAACCUAUUUGCAAAUCUUGAAAAAUAAGGAUCAGAGAAAGAGACUUGUCCAUGAAAUCUGUUCCUUUUUAGACAGCAGUCAGUCUAUCCAAGAAAUUGAUGCUUUAAGGACAGAAAAUAGAAAGCUAAAAAAUGCAAACUCAAGGCUGCGUUAUAAAACCAAAGAUUGGGCAUUAAAGAAAGAAGAAUAUGAAAAUGAGAUAGAGAGACUUUCUGGCGAGAUAUCUAAUUAUUUAAAUGUCACCAAUUUCUGGUAUGAAGAGUCAGAGCUUUUGAAUGGCCCAGAUAAGACAGCACCGAGGGAACUGACCAAACAUGUGAGGACUGUUGCAACUCAGACUGGAGAAGAUAGCUCAAGCUGCAUAGUUGAAGAGCCCUUGGCCCAGGAUGAGUCUCAAUGGUAGAAGAGCAAUUUGACUUUAAUAUGUCUGGCCGCUGCACAACAUAUUUGACAUUAUUUCACAUUUAACUCUUACUGAACAAAUUAUUCAAAUAUAGAUAUUUAUAUUAAAAAUAAAGGUGUUCUAAUCCCA